AUGUUGUGGGACCACUUCAUUGUGGCUUUAAGUACUUUCCUCAUUCUCCUGCUUGUGAAGGAGGGGAGAGCAGAUGUGGGAGUCAUCUCCCCUGAAGGAAACUUCGUGAAUACUUCCAGCGUUGUGCACCGGCAGUCAUGGAUCCUUACCGGGGAGGGCUGCCGAGUUGGCAAGGCUGGGAAUCUAGUUGUGACACCGACUGGUGGGUCAACCGUCGAUGGGGGAGAAGUAUUGGAAACUCAGACCACAGGGCGGCUGCUGUGCUCUUGGCUCACGAUGAUGGAAAAGGCUCACUACGAAAUGUUGUCCGCAUGGGAAGAAGAACACAAACGCAGGAAGGCUGAUGUGCCAUUCUGGAAUAUAUUUAGGAGGCUAGCCCUGUGGAGUCGGAGCUUUCCCGAGCUGGAAAUUGAGGCGGAAAUUCGUUACCUUGCCUUGUGGAACAAGGAUAGGUUCGGCCACCCAAUGCCGUGGGCCACCGCAAUAUUUAAGUACAAAUGCCCAGAAGCACACGUAAGCUAUGGGCUGUUGGAUCAUCUUUGCGGCUCGGUGUUCUCUGAAGACAGAGAUCCCCGCGUAGGCUCGGAAGUGUAUCUUCUUCUUCAGCCGCGUUCUGGGUAUAAUAAGCCUCUAGAUGUUAGUGCAAGCAAUUGGCAAUACGUGGCAGGCGCUCUGUCAGGCCUUCGUGGCGGGAGAACAAAAGCUCAGCAGGAUCGUGAUGAACGCGGGAUUUGGCCCGUCUCUUUUUACAGCAGAAUGAAGUCCGUCAUGACGAUCUCCGGGAAGAUUGACGACUGCUGGAUGAACGAUAACAGCUGUUACUUCAAGUGGUAA